AUGGCGCGCCCGCGCAUCCCCACCCUCUACGGCAUCCUCCAGUUCUGCCUCCGCCUAAUCCUCGUCGUCUUUGAGGUGUGCGCCCUCGCCGCCCUCAUCAACCUGUCCAGAUACGGCUUCAAUUUCCCACUCGGAUACCUCACAUCCGUCUCAGGCAUCGUCUUCUCCAUGGCCGAAUUGGUAACCCUCGCCAACGCGACCCACCAAAUCCCACGUAUGCGCACCGCUGCCAUUGUCGUCGCCGACUUUGUCCUCUUCGUCCUCGGCCUCGUGGCCUUCUUUUACUUUGUCAUCCUCAACGGCUGGCGCACCGGCAGCCCCAACCGCGAGUACCGCGCCUGGAGCAAUGAUCCCCUGAGGGUUGAGAAGGAGACUUGGGCGCCCUGGUACAUGUGGCUCCAGCUCAUCGCCGCCGUGCUGCAUUUCCUGUACAUGGCUUUGCACUGCGUCGAUGCGUGCAAGGAGGGCGGGCCGGAGCAGCAGCGCCGAAGGAGGCACAGGAGGCGACAGAGGGAGGUGGAGAGAAGGGAGAGGAGGGCGGCGAGUAGCCGGUUGGAGGGGGAUCCUGAGACGGCGCAGGUGCCGACGAGUUGA